AUGGCGCCGUCUAUGUGGGCGUCCUUCCGUACGGCAUCCGGCACCUCUGGUACACCUACAGAUUCUCAAUCUCUUGGUCCAGAAUACUUCCGAAUUCUUUGGCUAAUUUCAGAAGGAAAGGUUAGCAGAGGAGUCAACUAUUACAACAACCUCAUCAAUGAACUAUUAGCUAAAGGGCUUGAACCCUUUGUGACCAUAUUUCAUUGGGACCUUCCUCAAGCCUUAGAAGAUGAAUAUGAUGGUUUUUUAAGUCCUGAUAUAGUGAAUGAUUUUCAAGAUUAUGCAGAACUUUGUUUUAAAGAAUUUGGAGACAGAGUAAAACAUUGGAUUACAUUAAAUGAACCAUGGACCUUUAGUAAAUAUGGGUAUGCUGAUGGUAUUUCACCACCUGGAAGAUGUUCAACCUGGCAAAACUUAUCCUGUAGUGAUGGUGAUUCAGCCAUUGAACCCUACAUUGUUACUUACAAUCAAUUACUAGCUCAUGCAGCUGCUGUCAAUGUCUAUAAUACAAAGUAUCAGGUUUCUCAAAAGGGUAUGAUAGGGAUAUCAGUGGCAUGUCAUUGGAUAGUACCACUCUAUGAUACAGAGUUGGAUCAGUUUGCUGCACAAAGAGCCCUUGAUUUUAUGUUUGGAUGGUUUAUGGAGCCAUUGACAAUUGGAGAAUAUCCUAAAUCCAUGCAAUCUUUGGUAGGGAGUCGAUUACCAAAGUUCUCUGCUAAUGAAAUCAAACUUUUAAGAGGGUCCUUUGAUUUUAUUGGAUUAAACUACUAUACUUCUUAUUAUGCUACUGAUGCACCUGAGUUAAGUGAAGCAAGACCUAGCUACCUCACAGAUUCUCUUGUUAUUCUUACAAGUGAACGUAAUGGAACACCUAUUGGUGAAAAGACUACUUCAAAAUGGCUGUAUGUCUGUCCGAAAGGAAUUCAUGAACUGUUGCUUUAUGUCAAAACAAAGUAUGACAACCCUUUGAUCUUCAUCACUGAAAAUGGUAUAGAUGAAUUCAGUGAUCCAACUCUAUCACUUGAAGAAGCCUUAAACGAUACUUCAAGAAUUGAUUACUUUUAUGAUCAUCUCUAUUAUCUUCAAAGUGCAGUCAAGGAUGGCGUGAAUGUGAAAGGAUAUUUUGCAUGGUCUUUAACAGACAGCUUCGAAUGGACUUUAGGCUACAUUUCAAGGUUUGGAACAAUCUUUGUAGAUUACCAUAGCCUCAAAAGAUAUCCAAAGUUGUCUGCCAUUUGGUUUACAGAUUUCCUACAAGGCAAAACAGAUACAUAUGACAAUUAAUUGGUGCUAAGAAAAUUAAUUUCAAUAACCAUUUGUA